AAACCUCAAAAACCUAACUCCUCCGCCGGCCAUUGCUAGCUACACCUCUCUCCACCAAGCUAAUAAGCCUCGCAGACAAAGAAAAAGAAGCCAGCUACUAGCUAGUCGGUGGCGGAGCGAUGGGGCGGUCGCCGUGCUGCGACGGGGAGGCCGGCGUGAAGAAGGGCCCGUGGACGCCCGAGGAGGACAAGCUGCUGGUGGACUACAUCCAGGAGAAGGGCCACGGCAGCUGGCGUCGCCUGCCCAAGCUCGCCGGCCUCAACCGAUGCGGCAAGAGCUGCCGCCUCCGCUGGACCAACUACCUCCGCCCCGACAUAAAGCGCGGCCGCUUCACCGACGACGAGGAGAAGCUCAUCAUCCACCUCCACUCCCUCCUCGGCAACAAGUGGUCGUCGAUUGCUACGAAGCUGCCGGGGAGGACGGACAACGAGAUCAAGAACUACUGGAACACUCACCUGCGCAAGAAGCUGCUCGGCAUGGGCAUCGACCCCGUCACGCACCGCCCCCGCACCGACCUCAGCCUGCUCGCCGGGCUCCCGGGCCUCCUCGCCGCCGCCGGUAACUUCGGCGGCGCCGGCUCGGCCACGGGCGCCUGGGACAUGAACGCGCUCAGGCUGCAGGCCGACGCCGCCAAGUUCCAGCUGCUUCAGGGGCUCGUGCGCGCGCUCACCACCGCCGCGGUGCCCGCGCCCGCACCUGGCAUGGACAACCUCAUGGCACUCCUCGCCGCCAGCAGCGGUGGGCAGAGCGGCAUGAAUAACGGUGGGCAGCACGGCGUUGACCAGAGCAUGCUGCUACAACAGUGCCAGUGGGACGGCAUGAAUAACCUACCGGCGCUGACCAACUCCGCGCCGGCGAGUGGCAUGCACAACAUCAGCGGCAUGUUCGAUGGCUUCGGCGCCGGCGACGGGCUGAGCUCGACGGAGCUCGGGUGCCACGGCGGGGCGAGCGGGAGCAACGUGACCGUGGACGCGGUGGCGCCACCGCGCCCAAUGGUGGCCAACGACCAGGAGUGCAACAACAAUGGCGGCGGCGGUGUGUCGUGCGAGCAGACGCCGGCGUCGAGCCCGUUCGACGGGCUGGAGAGCCUGAACCUGAUGGAUGACCUCAACACGGACGGUAGCUGGAAGGAUUUGCUAGAGCAAAUGUCAUGGCUGAACUCAAGUGAGCUGUGAUGGGUAGAUAGAAGAGAUAUGAUCAAGAGUGCCAAAAAUAAUCAGGAAGGAGAUUGAGACUAUUAAUUGUUGGAUUGGACGCACUUUUCGGUUGAUCAAUACCGAAGAUGUUUAGUUUGUUUUGUUGAUAGGGGAACAAGGUGGUUUAGUCCACACUUUUAGUCAUGUACAAAAGAAGAACAGAAGGAUAUACAUAUAUGUACACACUCACAGCAAUUAAUGUUCAUUUUUGUUUAAUUA